UCAAAGAAUACAUUCGAAAUUGUCUAUUAAAUAUUUAUUGUCAUACGUAAAGUCGAGGUCACGAAUUAAUUCAUACGUGAGAUCGAUCUUUCUCCGAAAGGCAGAUUAGUUAAGGUCCAAUUUGUGUAAAUUAAAUAUAACUUCUUCAUCGAGGUUACCGUAAUAUUUUUUCAACUAUAUAUACUUUCAUCAAUAAUUACAGUAAAUUUUUUGAAUCUCAGGCGACCAGUUUUUUUGCCUCAAUGAACCCUGUGCUGACAUGUCUUAUACUGAAUUGGAACAUGGUUAUCAGGGUCUACGGAAUGCCAGUCGACCAAUUUUCUAUGUAGGGGAUUUAAAUACAGUUCAACCAACCCUUGUAGGUCCUGUUGCUUCUUCUAUAUAUCGUUCAUCAAAAAGAGCCGAACUGUCGGACGGGUGCAGCAAUGAUGAUGGAUGCAUGGGUGGCAACGAUUUGGAAGGGGAAGGGAAGCAAGUUUUGGUUGGCGUCUGUGCGAUGGCUAAGAAAUCGCAGAGUAAACCGAUGAAGGAGAUUUUGACAAGACUAGAAGAAUUUGAAUACAUUAAGAUAAUAGUAUUCCCUGAAGAAGUUAUCUUGAAGGAAUCCGUAGAAGAUUGGCCAGUUGUUGAUUGUUUAAUAAGUUUUCACAGUAAAGGCUUCCCUCUCGAUAAAGCUAUAAAUUAUGCUAAUCUUAGAAGUCCCUUCAUCAUCAAUAAUCUACCAAUGCAGUAUGAUAUUCAAGAUCGUAGGAGGGUUUAUGCCAUUUUAAGCGGCGAAGGUACAGAGAUUCCAAGAUACGCUGUCCUGGAUAGAGACUCGUCUGAUCCAAAACAUCAUGAACUGGUGGAGUCAGAAGAUCAUGUGGAGGUCAAUGGUGUUACAUUCAAUAAACCAUUUGUGGAAAAACCAGUAUCUGCUGAAGAUCAUAACAUUUACAUUUAUUAUCCUACAUCUGCAGGUGGAGGUAGUCAAAGAUUAUUCAGGAAGAUUGGAAGUCGUAGUAGCGUAUAUUCGCCAGAGUCACGAGUACGUAAGACAGGAUCUUACAUUUAUGAAGAUUUUAUGCCCACCGAUGGGACAGAUGUUAAAGUUUACACAGUGGGGCCUGACUAUGCACAUGCAGAGGCACGAAAGAGUCCUGCGUUAGAUGGGAAAGUUGAAAGAGAUUCAGAAGGAAAAGAAAUUCGGUAUCCUGUUAUAUUAAGUAACGCUGAGAAAUUAAUUAGUAGAAAAGUGUGUUUGGCUUUUAAGCAAACAGUUUGUGGCUUCGACUUACUUAGGGCAAACGGUCAGUCGUUUGUAUGCGACGUAAAUGGAUUUAGUUUUGUAAAAAAUUCAAACAAAUACUACGACGAUUGUGCAAAGAUUCUGGGAAAUAUGAUUCUUCGGGAAUUAGCGCCUACUUUGCAUAUUCCAUGGAGUGUUCCGUUUCAACUAGACGAUCCACCAAUUGUACCCACGACAUUUGGAAAGAUGAUGGAAUUACGUUGUGUCGUUGCUGUUAUAAGACACGGCGAUAGAACACCAAAGCAGAAAAUGAAAGUGGAAGUCCGUCAUCCUAAAUUUUUCGAGAUAUUUGCAAAAUACGACGGUUACAAACAUGGUCACAUCAAGCUGAAACGGCCGAAGCAGUUACAAGAGAUAUUAGACACUGCUCGUAGUUUAUUAACCGAGAUACAACAUAGAGCCGCGGGGCCAGAAUUGGAGGAGAAGCAAGGAAAACUCGAGCAACUGAAAAGCGUUUUAGAAAUGUAUGGUCAUUUCUCAGGAAUAAACCGUAAGGUACAGAUGAAAUAUCAGCCAAGGGGACGGCCAAGAGGGAGUUCAUCGGAUGAUGAUCGACUGGGAGAACCGUCGCUUGUUCUGAUCCUUAAAUGGGGCGGAGAGUUAACACCUGCAGGCCGUAUUCAAGCAGAGGAACUAGGAAGAAUAUUUCGCUGCAUGUACCCCGGUGGUCAAGGUAGACACCUUAGUGGCGAUUACGCUGGUGCACAAGGCUUAGGUCUACUUCGACUUCAUUCAACAUUCCGUCACGACUUGAAGAUCUAUGCAAGUGACGAAGGAAGAGUACAGAUGACCGCAGCUGCGUUUGCGAAAGGUUUGCUCGCAUUGGAGGGCGAAUUAACUCCUAUUUUAGUGCAGAUGGUUAAAAGCGCUAAUACCAAUGGUCUCUUGGAUAACGAUUGUGAUAGUAGUAAAUACCAAAAUAUGGUGAAGACGAAACUCCACGAAUUGUUGCAGCAGGAUAGAGAAUUUACUCGUGAAGACAGGGAACAAAUAAACCCUGGAAAUGCAUUGAGCAUUAACGCAGCUAUGGAUUUUGUUAAGAAUCCUGUUCGUUGUUGCCAGCAUGUACAUAUCUUAAUUCAGAAAUUAAUGGACAUUGUAAGGAUCAAGAAAGAUGAUCCAAAAACGAAAGAUGCAAUUUUGUAUCACGGAGAAACCUGGGAGUUAAUGGGUCGUCGAUGGGGAAAGAUCGAAAAGGAUUUCUGCACUAAGAACAAGAGAUUCGAUAUAUCAAAAAUCCCUGAUAUUUAUGACUGCAUAAAGUAUGAUUUGCAACAUAACAAUCAUACCUUGCAAUUCGAGCAUGCGGAGGAAUUGUACAUUUAUUCGAAAUAUUUGGCAGAUAUUGUUAUACCACAGGAAUACGGAUUAACAGUGCAAGAGAAACUAACAAUCGGACAAGGCAUUUGUACUCCCCUUUUGAAGAAGAUAAGGGCCGAUUUGCAACGAAAUAUCGAAGAGUCCGGUGAAGAAACAGUUAAUCGACUAAAUCCAAGAUAUUCUCAUGGUGUUUCGAGCCCUGGUCGUCACGUGCGCACAAGAUUGUACUUCACAAGUGAAAGUCAUGUGCACUCUUUGUUAACUGUGUUACGUUAUGGAGGUUUACUCGAUGUAAUGAAAGACGAGCAAUGGCGCCGAGCUAUGGAGUAUGUUAGCAUGGUGUCCGAAUUGAACUACAUGUCGCAAAUCGUAGUCAUGUUGUACGAAGACCCAACCAAGGACCCCAGUAGCGAAGAACGUUUCCACGUCGAAUUGCAUUUUAGUCCCGGUGUGAACUGUUGCGUGCAAAAGAAUUUACCACCGGGACCAGGAUUCCGGCCUCAUUCGCGCAACGAAAGUAGUCAUAAUAUCGGUGAAAGUGGCGGUGGUUCUGCUCAGGAUACUAUAUCCCAGUGCAGUGCACGGAUAGAGGAAGAAGACGUUGAGUUAGGACCUUUGGAAGAUGAUUUCAUGAGUCCAGCGUUACAAUCUGAGACUCCCCCACCUACGGUGGAGACUGACGUUGUAGAUUCAAUGAUGGACAGCCCGACAACCAGCAGAGCUGUUGAUAUGAUGGAUUUGGAUCCCAAUAUGAUGGACGAACCAUUUGAUAGCGGUUUCUUACAGAGUUCAGCGCCCAUUCCAAUAAGUGCCAGAACUGUGGCGGGUCACGAGGCAGCCAGACUCGGUAGCCAGUUAGCUGCUAGUCAACGUCAACGACGCGAUGCAGAAAGGGGUGGAAUCGUUGAACCACGUGCACGUAGUUACGAUCAUCAAAGGCAAGAUAAGUCUGAGAAAGCUGCGGACAAGCUGCAGUAUCAGAGCUUGGACGCGGUCAACAAAGAAGACACACGACCUUCGAUCAUUCAACCUGACCCUACCUGCACAGCAAGGCGCCACCGUCACAGUAUCUCCGGACAGAUGAGUUAUUUCAAGCUGUUGGGCUACAAUGUCAACAAGAAGCUGACAGGAUCGGCGAACAGUCUGUUCAGCACCGCAGUUAUCAGUGGAUCCUCAAGCGCACCGAAUCUAAAGGACAUGGUACCCGCCCAUGCGUCUGCCGUUGCCGCGAUUGAAGGUUUUGGCGGUGUGCCACCGAUAAGACCAUUGGAGACUCUUCACAAUGCAUUGUCCCUACGUCAAUUGGAUUCUUUCUUGGAAAUGAUGACCAGCGCACCCCUGUUUCGUACGCCUGCCUCCUCGCCACCGAAGUAUCCGUCACCGGGUGGAUCGACCCAUGGGUCAGUUAAUCAGAAUCUUAGUAUCGGAGGAAUCAAUCGCGAGUACCACUCUUCCGACUUGGAAGCUGUCAGGUACCGUAAGAAAUUAAGUAAACCAUCCUUGUAUAUCACCCCGACUCCUAUACAAUACAAAUCCACAAAUGACGGUGAACCGUGCGACAUAAGGAAUCAACUCUCGCCGACUAGUCCCAACAGUACUGGCUGGAGCAGCGAACCACAAUCGUUUAUAUCGUCCGAACCCUCGUCUCCUGCUCCAACUUCCACAGGAGAAUGCAGUAUGUCCAUAAGUCUCAUCAGCAACGAAGGAGUGCAGUCCUUUAACACGGCUCCGAAAUUUCCCACAACUCCUUGUCUCGAUGUAGACUUCAAUGAAUUUUGUAUGAACAUCGAUCAAGAACACCGAGAAAGUCGCGGUAGCGUGUCGUACACCGAUUAUUACAGCAACGAAGACGGACAAAUACGGAAAUGUACAUUCGGGGCUGGCUUUGGUAGCAACUUACAGAAAAUCAUACGGACCGAUGAUCUUCCUAUCGACAAUAUAGACGACGACGAGGAUCAUACGAUAACAUUGAAGCAAACCGAAGAGCAAAAGAAGCAGGAUGUUAAGCAGAUAUUCGAGCAAACGGAACAUUUCGGUACAAAACCGAGUAGUAGUAGUUGCAAAAAGAUUGGCAGGUUUCUCGUCGAAAGUAUGGAUAUAGCGGACGAAGACGUCAGAAUCAAAGAAACGGACGUUUCCGACAAAAGAAGACAGUCCACCUCUCAAAAAGUUGAAUCUACCAACACAGAGAAAGUUCGAAGAACCAAAGACACCGGUACGGAAACGAUGCAAGAGCACAAGAGGAUCCAUUCUUCCGACGGUUACAAGAGAAAGAAUUUCUCUCGAUCGCAAAGCGUUUCUACCCCGAAACCAGCUCCUGCGAAGACUGACACAAACUUCAGUUAUAAAUGCACAUCGAAAUUAAGCUCCCUGUCGAACAUGUCGGACAAAGAUUUGGAAAAUUGGAAGCAAAACAUGGUAAAAUCGAAGCCUGUUUCCGCGCCCUUGGUAAACCCGGAAGAACCACUACUGACCGUGGCGAGUAGUUUGACAAGCAGCUCUAGCGUGACAAUAGGUUUCAACGUCCACGAAGAAAACAAAGAAUAAUUAGAGGUGUCGUUCGAAACUGGUGUUUAAGUAUUAGAAUAUUCUAUUUUAUUAGAUAGGUAACGUUGGACGUACAUUUUGCACAUAGAAUUGAACAGUUGUUGCUUCAUAUAUAAGGAUAAAUAAUCGGCUAGAUAAAUACAAAAUUUUACGAUUCCUCUAACGGACAAAUCGUUUGGAUUCAA